AUGCCUAACCGGCAAAAGAGGCCGAGGGCCGAGACACGUUGUGGAUGCCCUGCAAGGAUGCUACUCCGCGUGGACGAUGAAUCAGGACGUUGGCACGUUGCGUACUUUUCAGACGCGCAUAACCACCACGUUCUUGAGUUGCGAUUUUCUUCCAUGCUUCCAGGCCAUCGGAGGAUGAGCGAAGCGGACAUCGAGCAGAUGAACGACAUGCGCAAAGGGGGCAUUGGCGUCUCCCGAAUCCACGGUUUUAUGGCGAGCCUAGCCGGCGGGUAUCAUAAUGUCCUGUACACAACAAGGGACAUGCACAAUGUAAAUGCGAAGCAACGAAGGGAGGGUGGCCUAGAUGCGGAAUCGUGCCAAAGGUAUCUCCGAGAGUGCAAGACAAAUGAUCCAGCACUGUACUACAAGGAAGUUGUUGACGGUGAGGGCGUGUUGCAACAUUUGUUUUGGUGUGACGGCACCAGCCAAAUUGAUUACCAGGUGUUUGGAGACAUGGUUGCAUCUGAUGCAAUGUACAAGAAAAACGUUUACCUUUCACCUCUUGUAGUAUUCUCCGGUGUGAAUCACCACAACCAAAUGGUUGUCUUUGCCACUGCACUGGUGGCAGACGAGAAAGAAGAGACCUAUGUCUGGCUGCUUCAACAGUUGCAAACUUCAAUGAAAAGGAAGGCUCCCGUGUCCAUAAUAACCGACGGUGACAGGCAAAUGAAGUCUGCGAUCGAGCAAGUUUUUCUGGAGGCUCACCAUUGA